AUGCAGGUGCUGUAUCUCAUGACAAAGUCUUCCUACAAACCGCCAACACUCAAAGAUAGAUACAAAUGGUCACCAUUCUUCCACGAUUUCAUCAAGCAGUGUUUAACGAAGAAUCCAAAAAAGAGGCCAACACCGGAGAAACUGCUCUCUGGUGAGGCCCCGGUAUUAUCACGUAUUAAAUCGCGCAGCCGUGCCGAUCCACGUGCUGCAUGUGAUGCAAUAAGGGUACGUGAUGAGGCAAAUGCACUGAUGGCACGUAUUUGGAAUGAACCAUCCACAUCGGACGUUGGGGCUGGAAAUCUCGGCUGGCGAUAUCACGAGGUAAGUAGAAAUUUUGGAGUGAAUUGGAAAGAAUGUGAAGUUGUGCGGAGUGCCCCCACAAAUUCACAUUGGCUCAUAUAA